AUGGAGGAAUUAAGAAAGAUGAUGCAGGAUGGACGACGUGAUAAUUUUGAGAAGAUACUCCUCGAGAUUGAGACGGUUUCACUGCAUUUGAAUACGAAGGAAAAAGAAUUAGGGAAGCGUGAGAAGCAAUUGCUACAUGCAGAAGCACAGAAUGAAAUACAGAGGACAGAACUUCAUCAUAACAGAAGAAGGAGAAAGAAAAUGUGCAGAAACAUAAUGGAGCUACGAAAGAAACUGAAUGUUGAAAAUGUACAGGCAGUUGAAGUAGAGCGUAUGAGAGAGGCUUUACAAGUGAUUAAAGACAUGGCGCUGAUUGUCAGGCAACUUAAUCAGGCGCUUAUUGUCAAAGAACGCAAAAGCAAGGUUGAAUUGCUGGAAGCCCGCAGGUUUUUAAUCAAAAGUUUGAGAGAAUGGAAAUGGGGUGGUAAAAUUGGAAUAAAGAAAAUGGGAGGGCUUAACAUCAAACCAUUCCGUAAAGCAAUGAAGAGAAAAUUUCCAGAUGAAGGGGAGGAGAAAGCAGUAGAGCUGUGGUCAUUCUGGGAGAGUUAUUGUGGAGAUUCAAGUUGUCAUCCUAUUAAAAUAAUCGCAGAUAAUAAAGGAUUGUGUAAGAAAAUAGUUGAUCUAGAGGAUGCCACAUUUAAACAUUUGAAGGAGGAGUAUGGUGAAGAGGCUUUUAACGAAGUGGCAAUAGCCUUGAGUGAGAUGGAAUACUACAGGCAAAGUGGUGGAUACACAAAACUUGAGCUGUGGAAUUUCAGGGAGAAUAGGAAAGCAACAUUGAAAGAGGCAAUAUUUCGUAUAUUGAAGAAAUGGAAAAAGGAUAAAAAUAAGACAAAAUGA